AUGAGGAGAAAGCUCACACCGCUUCAGCGAGGUCGAGUCGAUAUCAGGGAAGCUGCUUCCAACACGAGAGGAGUCGUGUGUGAAGCUGUCCGGGACAAACGUUGGAUUACACGUACAGCUCUGCCCGAGGACAGCAUGGACAAACCAAACAUAGUGACAUGCACCGCCCCCGUGAAUAUAGCCGUCAUCAAAUACUGGGGGAAGAGAAAUGAAGAUUUAAUUCUGCCCAUUAAUUCGUCCUUGAGUGUCACAUUGCAUCAAGACCAGCUGAAAACAACCACAACAGUUGCAACGAGCAGAUCUUUUCAGGAGGAUCGAAUAUGGCUCAAUGGCAAAGAGGAGGACAUAACCCAUCCAAGACUGCAGUCCUGUCUCAGAGAGAUUCGACGUUUAGCACGAAAGAGGCGCAAUGAUGGAGAAGCUGGUUUGAAUUUGACCGGUAUGUCUCACAAAGUCCACAUCUGCUCAGUGAAUAACUUCCCCACCGCUGCAGGACUUGCCUCCUCAGCUGCUGGAUUCGCUUGUCUAGUUUACACUCUAGCUCAGGUGUUUGGCGUAGAGGGGGAGUUGUCUGGGAUUGCUCGGCAAGGCUCAGGCAGCGCAUGCAGGAGUAUGUAUGGUGGGUUUGUGCAAUGGAUCAUGGGGAAAAAAGACGACGGCAAGGACAGUCUAGCCCAGCAGGUGGAGCCAGAGACUCAUUGGCCUGACCUCCGAAUCCUUGUGCUAGUGGCCAGUGCUGAGCGGAAGCAAGUGGGCAGCACCUCUGGGAUGCAAACCAGUGUACAAACAAGCUGUCUCUUAAAGCACCGAGCUGAGUCCGUUGUCCCAGAACGGAUGGUGGAGAUGAUUGAAGCGGUGCAGACGAAGGACUUCACUGCCUUUGCUGAACUAACCAUGAAGGACAGUAACCAGUUCCAUGCCACCUGCCUCGACACAUACCCUCCUAUCUUCUACCUCAAUAACGUAUCUCGCCAGGUCAUCAACUUGGUGCAUCGAUAUAACAGACACUAUGGGGAGACCAGGGUGGCCUACACUUUUGAUGCAGGGCCCAAUGCUGUGAUCUUCACGCUACAGCAGCAUGUUACUGAGUUUGUGCAGGUGGUUCAACAUUUCUUUCCCCCGGAUACCAACGGUGGACAGUUUAUUAAAGGUCUUCCUGUAAGCUGUGCUUCGCUUUCUAAGGAUCUAGAGCAGGCUAUUGGUCUAGAGCCCAUGCCAAAGGGAAUAAGCUACAUUAUUAGUACCAAGGCUGGACCAGGCCCUUGUGUUGUGGAGGAUCAUCUGCUUGGAUCUGAUGGUUUGCCCAAGAAAACUACAUGAUGCCCUGUGGACCUGCACAAUCAAAGUUCCUUGGAGCAAUAAAGAAGCCAGUUCAUCAGAGAUAAAGUUCCAUUUGACAUGGAGUGGGAUAUAAAAUUCAAGUGAAUAGGAAAGUGGUCUUAAAUGGGUUUUUACAAAACACAACAACAGCAGCACACAGGCUCCUCUUUUAAUAUAAUGUGUGCUAAUAUUUCUCACACUCAACUAGUCUGUCUAGACAUCAAACUGUACUAGUCUAUGUUUUUGAAUAGUUCUCCACAUUUCUCAGUAUCUAGAGACAAUUAUUGUUUUAGGGUUGAGGAGCCUGACUUAAGGGUUUGCUCACAGACUUGAGCCUGUACUGGUUGUAUAGUGUGCCAACACUGCCAACACUGUGCUUUUGAGCAAUGCACCAAAGCAUUACAACUUUAACCACCUCCACGUGGCUUAUUCAAGAUUUGCAACAAACAUUACACAGUUUUUCAUCUUGUGUGAACAUAAAAUUGAAUAAAAUAUAUAUUUUAGUCAAUAAAA